UACAGCACCCCAGCAAGCAUUUUUCUCAUCCAAAUCCUAUAUAGACAAGGUAAGCCCCAUACCUUUUUCCUUGGCCUUUCUUGAUUAACACCAAAAACAUAUAAAAUGGCUUCUAAAGCUUCCAUCGAAAAGAUCCAGGCCUUGAUUAAGACCCACAAGGUUUUCGUUGCCUCCAAGUCUUACUGUCCAUACUGCGCCAAAGCCAAGGCUACUCUCAGAUCCUUUGACGCUAAGGACGUCUUUGUCAUUGAAUUGGACCAAUUAGCCGACGGUGCUGACUUACAGGAAGCUUUACAGGAAAUCACUGGCCAGAGAACCGUUCCAAAUAUUUUCAUCGGCGGUGAACACAUCGGCGGUAACUCUGACUUGGAUGCUAUCAAGAGCAAUGGCGAAUUGGAAGCUAAGUUGAAGGCUGCUGGUGCCAUUUAAGUAUAAUACACGUAUAU